GUUCAAUAUUCAUUCAUAUGUAAACAGUUGAAGACUAACUAACUAAGGAGAAGAUUUUUUUUCACAAAUUUAAAAAGAAAAACAUAAAGGAAAAAUUCCUGUGACUAAUCAGUAUAUUGAUUAGAAGGUUUAAGAACUGUGUGGUUUAAUUGUUAUAACAGACUUUAAGUUUUUGACGUGUAUUGAAGUUUAAAAGACUUUGUGAAAUAUGGCUGCAGAAUAUGAAAAUUUUGAAGAAGGGUCUAUGAUGAAUAGGCAAGCGGAGGCUGAAAAGGGAGAUGGUGGGGUCAUUGGUUUAAAGCCCGAACUUGAAAUGCCUGAUGGUAAUAUUCUUUCCAAGGAAAAAAUGGUUCAGGCUGCCAAGCAGAUGUUACAGCCAGAAUUUCAGGCCGUUUUGCAGGCUAUGCUGAAACAUAUGCCUCACAAUAAGGAUUAUCUGGUUGAAAAUGUUGUCAAACCAUUUAUCCUGUCGGAUGACGACUACAAAAAAAUUAUGGAUGUUAUGUUGGACAGUUUUAACCAAGGAUUAGGAAAAGAGACAAAUGCUAAAGCAGCUGUUAAAAUGUUCCCAACAUACGUCAGAUCAGUACCUGAUGGAACAGAAACUGGUAAAGUAUUAGCCCUAGAUUUGGGAGGAACUAACUUCCGUAUUCUCCUCAUUUCACUGGACGGUCAGGAGGUCAACAUGGAGAGCAAAAUCUUUUUAAUUCCACAAACAAUCAUGACUGGUACAGGGGAACAGUUAUUUGACCAUAUAGCAGAAUGUAUACACAAGUUCAUGAAAGAUCACGAUUUGUUACAUCAUAAGAUUCCAUUAGGAUUCACAUUUUCUUUCCCAUGUCGGCAAGAAGGACUUAAUAAAGCAAUCUUAACUCAUUGGACAAAAGGAUUCAAAUGUGCAGGAGUGGAAGGCCAUGAUAUUGUACAGUUGUUACAUGAAGCUAUAGAAAGGAGAGGGGAUAUAGAUGUAAAUUGUUUAGCUGUGAUAAAUGAUACUGUAGGUGCUUUGAUGUCGUGUGCACACGAAGACAGAAAAUGUGCUGUGGGUUUAAUAUUAGGUACAGGGACAAAUGCAUGUUAUAUAGAAACAUUAGAAAAUACAGAAUUGUGGGAUGGUGAUACUGAUGAACCACAUCAGGUGAUGAUCAAUACAGAAUGGGGAGCAUUAGGGAAUGAUGGUAGCUUAGAUUUUAUUAUGACAGAUUACGACAAACAAGUUGAUAAACAUUCAAUCAAUGCUGGUCAACAAAUAUAUGAAAAAAUGAUCUCAGGAAUGUACAUGGGAGAGAUUGCCAGACUUGUGAUAGAGAAACUUAGGAAAGCCAAACUGUUGUUUAAUGGAAAAGGGUCGGAGGAAUUAUCAGAGAGGGGCAGAUUCUAUACCAAAUAUGUCUCUGAAAUUGAAAGUGAUGGAGAUGAUAGCAGUUUUAAGUGUACAAAACAAGUAUUUGCCGAAUUAAAUUUAACAAAGUAUACUGACGAGGACUGUAGAAUUGUACAGUAUGUGUGUUCACUCGUGUCAACUAGAGCUGCUUAUCUUGCCAGUGCAGGAAUUGCAACAUUACUGAAUAAAAUGAAUCGACCAGAAGUAACAAUAGGUGUUGACGGGUCACUGUACAGAUUUCAUCCUCAUUUUCAUGAUCUCAUGGAAGAAAAAAUCAGACAGCUAGUCAAUCCUGGUAUUAAAUUUAAAUUGAUGUUGUCUCACGAUGGUAGUGGUAAAGGAGCCGCCAUUGUUACUGCUGUAGCCAACAGAUUAGCACUAGAAAAAGAACAAAAACUCAAUGCAAAAAAUGGUAUACCAAAUGGAGAAGGAUAUUUAUUAAAAACUAUUAUGAUGCCUGCUAAUCAGGAAAAGUUAUCUAAAUAUGAAAAGAUUGAAGGUUUUGUACGAGGAUUCAAGUUAUCCUCCUUGACUUACAAAAGAAUCAUGCAGCUUCUACAUGAAGAAAUGAACAGUGGGUUGUCAAAGAAAACCAAUCACAUGGCCGAUAUAAAGAUGUUCCCUACAUUUGUACGGUCAUUACCAGACGGCACAGAAAAAGGAAAGUAUUUAGCCCUUGAUUUAGGUGGUACAAAUUUCCGUGUAUUGAUGGUAGAACUGAAUGGUAAAGAUGUAGACAUCCAAAGUAAAACCUAUUUGAUACCUCAGAGAAUCAUGCUAGGCACUGGAACACAGUUAUUUGACCAUAUAGCAGACUGUAUCUGUAAGUUCGUCAAUACACAUGACAUUAUUGGAGAGAAGUUACCAUUAGGUUUUACAUUUUCAUUCCCAUGUAAACAAGAAGGACUAGCCACAGCCAGACUUUCCAAGUGGACAAAAGGAUUCAGAUGUGAGGGUGUAGUGGGAGAGGACCUGUGUAUACUGUUACAUGAAGCUUUAAAAAGAAAAGGGAAUAUUGAUGUAGAAGUGGUUGCUAUUAUUAAUGAUGCUGUGGGUACACUUAUGUCAACAGCUCACAGUGACAGAAACUGUGAAAUAGGGUUAAUCUUAGGAACUGGUUGUAAUGCAUGCUACAUGGAAAAUUUAGAACAUGUGGGACUAUGGGAUGGAGAAAUCAGGAAUCCAAAACAGGUGAUAGUAAACACUGAAUGGGGAGCAUUUGGUGAUAAUGGCUGCUUGGAUUUUAUAAGAACAGAAUAUGAUAGAGAAUUGGAUACAUUUUCUAUAAACCCUGGAAAACAAAUAUUGGAAAAGAUGAUCUCUGGGAUGUACAUGGGAGAGAUUGUACGUCUGGUGUUAGAAAGGUUGACAAUGGAAGGUUUAUUAUUCAGUGGUGUGGAUCGGGAAUGUGAAUUGUUUGUACGAGGACGGUUUUACACAAAAUAUGUGUCAGAAAUAGAGAGUGAUCAUGAUGAAUUCUUCCGUAAUACUAAACAAGCAUUAGAUGAGUUAGGAUUAGAAGGAUAUAGUUCAGAAGAUUGUAAAAUUGUAAAAUAUGUGUGUACCUUAAUCUCUGCAAGAGCUGCAUUCCUGUCAGCAGCUGGUCUUGCAACUCUGAUCAACAAGAUCAAUAAACCCAAUAUGACAAUUGCCGUUGAUGGCUCGCUUUACAGAUUUCAUCCCCGAUUCCAUAAUCUCAUGUGUCUUAAAAUGAAAGAACUUGUAAAACCAGGAUUGAAGUUCCAGUUACAAUUAUCUCAUGACGGUAGUGGUAAAGGUGCUGCACUAGUGGCAGCAGUGGCCACACGACUGCGAGACAGUAAAGAAAUUUCAUUGGAGUGCUGACUCAGUCCAUCACAAAUAUGAUUUUGACAAUGUGAUAUUAAAAAGCAUUUCUGUUGAUUGUAUGGUGCAUAAGUUUGUUUUUGUUAGCAAGGUGUUAUGAAUGAAAAACGUUGGUCAUAUUAAAAAAAAUUAUAUAUUUCAAUCCCUGUAAUUUUAAUAAAGACAUACUUUUAUAGGUAUAAACUGGAUAUGUUCUAGUUUUAGUAUUUUGUUUUUGUUCCUUUAACUAAAGCAGAGAAUUAAAUUGCUGGAUUUGCUUAAAUAUUUGGUUUGGGAUUAAAAUUUUAAUUUGACUUUAAUAUGACCACAGUAAGGAGAGGAUAAUAGAGAGAGAGAGAAAAGGAGAGUGGAAUUAUGAAACAUCCAGUUUUGAUGAAUGAAAAGUUAUGUCUGCAUUUAAAGCUUGUAUAAUGCUAAUGUGUGAAUGUACUGUGUUCAAGAUACUCAAAUAUUGUUAAAUUGUUUUGUUAAAGCUAGAAUUUCUAGAAUGAGUUGUUGACUUUUUUUAAGGUGUAUGAGAAUUGUUUGACAUGUGUGAAGCCUUUUAAACCAAAGUUCUUGGAAAAUAACAGUUUUUCAUUCUAAAUUUUUCAGUAUUGUAUUAGAAAUGUAUGUAUAUUGGACAACACUUAUUCUAUGUUUAGAGGAAUUAUUUUGACUAUUCAGUGUUUACUUUUGAUUUCUGAAAAUAUUAUUAGGAAAGGAUUUUUAUUAACAGGAUUUGUAUACUGUGUAUUCAUUUAUUUACGUGGGUACCAAUUUUCAUGAAUUAAGGAGAACUAACAUGUUCGUGGAUAUUUAAUUUCGUGGUUAUGCUGAAAUCUGCAUACAAGCCUUUAGAAAAUUUGGUAUUCAAUGAUCAUUUAAUUUUGUGGUUCACUGUUUACCAGGAAAUCCACAAAAAUUGGUAUCCAAAUAAUAAUUAUGAAUAUGUGAGACAGAGUCCUAGUUAUUUCCCUUUAUUGCCAUUUUUAAGGUCAAUUGUACACAUAUUCCUUCAUAAACUCAUCAGUUACAAAUUGUUAUACAUUGUACUGAUUGUUAAACUUAGAAAAGGUUUUCUUCUGAACAAUAUAGAAUUUUAAAAUGCUAUAUCACUACCAUCUUUCAAUUGCAUUCAACUACAGUGAUCAAGGGAAAGAACACAUUGAAAACUAUCUCUUUAAUCCUGUCUAAUUUAAAUAAUCCUUAAAUCUGAAAUUUGAAUCCUUUAAGAAACAAAACACAAGAUUUAAUUCUAUGUAUUACUUGAAAGACACAUUUUGUCUUGUGACAAUCAUGAUUUGUGUUCAUAAAUAUUAAAAGGAGUUUGAACUGAUUUCCAUUUUGAUUGGAAAGAGAUCUUUUUUCUCAGUUCCAUUAUCCAUCUACCAGGACACAAUGAAAUCACAGUUGAACUAGGAAAUGAAAUUGUUGCAACUAAACGCAUUGGCAAACUCCAUUUACUAGCUCUACUUUACUCAUAAAAAAAGAAAAUAUUACUAUGAAAUUAUCAGACCCACUAGACUUUUCAAACUUUUUGAAAUAUUCCUUGUGGUUAUCCCAUUUGUUUUCCUUUUUGCACAUGAAAAUACCAAACAUUAAGGAUAUUUUAUAUAUUGGAACUAAUUUAUCUUUACCAUAUCAUCUGAAAAUAUUGGUGUCUUGUGCAUUCCAACAUUUAAUUCCAUAAAAUUACAAUGACCAAUGAAGAUUGAAAAUGAAUCCUGUAAUUUUUCUGUGGACUUCUGGUUUAUACAAGUCUUUAACGAUAAUUUUCAUGUAAUAAUCAUGAAAAAACAUGCACAGUUUAAGUCACCUAUUAUUCUUGUUACUGCAUCGGUUGUGAAAACCAUCACCAGAUAUUGUAUAUAGUCCUAGCCUAGGCUUGUUUGAAAUUAACAAAUAUGUAUAUACACUGAACUGUUAAUACAUUAAUCCUCCAAAUCAACAAAUUGUACCUUUUUAAAAAAUUUGUAACAUGUCCUGAAAAAAGUUUCAAUUUUUUAGGACAUUCCUGUUAGUUUGAUAAAUUUAACUAUCAAUAUAUCAACAUCCAGGUGAACUUGAAGAUGAAAUUUUUCACCUGAUGUUUAUGAAAACAACUAUUGUACUCCGAGAUCAACAAAUCAAAGUACAACAGGUGACAAAACAUUCACAGUUAAAAAUUAAAAAAAAGUAUAAUUUGUUGAGUUAGGUGGAUUGAUGAAGUGAAAUAUGCAAAUUGUAUACAGCAAAUAUAACUUAUUAUAACCAUUGUAUAUAAACCAAUAUAAGUUGUUACAUGAAUGAAAUUAAGAAAAUAA